AAUGCUAACCUGGCCAUGGCUCGUCGUCGAGGCACUCGCCCCUCCCUGACUACAACCACACGUGUCGGACUGGGCUCCAGCCUCGAAGAGCCCAUGUGUACGCCGUCCGGGGCAACCUCGUCGUCGUCGGGCCUGUGCGGGCCAGCGGCAGUGAGCGCCAUCUCGUCGGCCAUCUUGAAAAAGAAGGAGAUCAUCUCGCGCUCCGUCGACAAGGUGAUGAAAAAGGUGGAGUCAAAGAAGAAAGAACUUCAGAUGCCGACGGCGCAUGUGAAGCGCAGUUCGUCCGAUACCUCGUUGCAUUCUGGCAUCCAUCUAAAGGAUAUGAAGGAAAUGGAGAAAGCUACGGACGAGGCACGUCUCCUCCUCAAGUGGUCCUUGGUUAAGCUAAAGGGAAAGUCCCUGAAAAAACACCUUCACUUCCCGCGCAAGGUCUCCAGCGACUCGCUAGACCAGCUGGCCACUGGCGCCUCUCUCGCCGGCGGCAGCGCCGGCACGCCAGUGCAGGGAGCAGCGGGGGCAUUCCUGGCACUCACGAGUCCCCUCUCACCUCGCAAGGCGCACUCGGCCAUGUGCAGGGUGUCGGCGAGCGGCAGCCAGCUGAGCAUCGAGGGAGCAAUGGACAGCGCGGCAGGGCAGCUGUUCUUCCCGUCCAGCCUGCAACGCUCCAUGUCCAUGGUUCCCACUCGUUCCUACGCACUGCCCACUGACAGCGGAUUGAUGGGGUCACCUACGGGCUUGGCAGGACGUGGUGAACUUUGCAGAGCAAUGUCAUGUCCUGAGCUACUCCUGCACCAGUCUAAACACGUCACCGAGCUGGUCGAGAGCGCGCUGAAUGCUCUGACUACUGGCGGCCCUGGCACUGGCUCGUGUCUGGAGAUUCCAGGCCUGUGUGGUGAUCUCAGUGACAUAGGCGUCGGCAUGGCCAGCCCGACAACUGCUAAUGAGAACUCCGACGGGAACAGUCGGCCCGGCAGCAGUGGUGCGCACAGUAACUUCAGCGACGACGACAGCGGCAUCGACAGCAGGAGCUCCUCGGCAAAGGCCAAGGCAGCGGGCAGUAAAGUCGUCGACGGCAUCGCCUCGCCAGUGCUGCAUGACAUCGCCCGUGGUCGUCCGUCGCUCGAAAAGGCCAAGAAAGCGAAGAUGAAGAACCUUCACCGCUUCUUCCAGCGUGUUGGUACAGAUUCGAAGAAGAAAUCGCUGGAGCUGCCUACUCCCACUGUGAAGCGAUGCGUGUCCGACACGACAAUUUCCAAACAAAAAUAUGCUAUGAAGGAGCUGGAAGAUGCAAUCAAUGAUGACCGCCUCCUGAUGAAGUGGAAUGCUGUGAAGCUGAAAGGAAAGAGCUUGAGGAAGCAUAUUAUGCCACGCGUAUUCCACGGCUCCGCCACCAACAGCAAGGACACGAGCGUGCGUCACUCGAUAACGUCCAGCAUCUCUCAGAGCUCGCUGAGCACGCUGGAAUCGAUCACGUCCAUGAUGUCGCUCAAGAACAUCGCCUUCAACCGGAGAUCGUCGCCCACGCUAUCCUGCACCCUCGCAGAACAGUCCGACGGCGACGCCGUUGAGCUCAGUCUCUCCGAGCACGACCAGCGCUGCGGCAGCGGACGCGUUGCGUCCGUGUUCUUGCGCCAUCGGUCGAUGGGCACGCUCGACCCGGGCAGCCUGUCGGCCGCUGCCACCGGUAUGUCUUCCUGUGAGUUGUCGUCGGCGACAGCUCCCACGUCUCUUGGCGAGUUUGAGCGGCCUAGCCGUGCCAGUGUGUGUCGAGCCAUGUCGUGUCCGGAGAUUCUGCUGCACAGCAACGACCUGAAGACGGACAUUGUCGACGAAACGUUCAUUGCAUGGGUACGCACGGCUGCGAACAGCCAGGAAUCGGACUCCGAGUGCGAGGAAGACACCGCCUGUGUUGGCGGUGCGGUCGAGACGGGCAGCGUGUCCUCGUCUUCUUCGUGCACCGUUGUGUCAGAGUCGAGUGCGGCCGAGGAGAGCAAGGCGGCCAAGCGCUCCUCCCUGAACCAGGCCAAGAAGAACCUGCAUCGCAUCUUCCUCAGACGCAAAUCAACAUCGGAGAGUGUACGAGACAAGCCGUUACAGUUGGCGGACACGGCGCAUAUUUCUGUGGACAUCUCGCCCGACGAGGUGGACGGGCUACCAGCGCUGGAAGACAGCAACGACAGCCUACAGGACAUACUCAUGUCACCGAACGAAUCCCAGCAGCUCGGCUGCUUCGACGGUGGCGGCUCGCAGAGGAACAUAUCGAUGUCGUCGGACUCUGGCAGCAUGGAUGGCGACACGAUAAGCACUGCCAGCAGUCCCGCGUGUAUUGAGUCACAUUCGCGGCGAAAAGCGAGAUCGCUCAACCAGGCGCUCAAAGUGCUCCGGCCCAAGUCUCGUGGAAGGACACCGCCACGAGCAGUUGAUAGCCAGGAGUGUGAGGAGAACAAUGACCGGAUACCCAGCCCACCGUUGGUUUCACCCACGGGCUAUUCUGAUGCCCCGGCCGUUGUCACUGCAGCACCCUCGCAGUCCACAGGGCUGUUCAACGCACUCAAGAAACGAUCUGGCAAUCCACUAAAGAGCCGUUCAGCAUUCAAGCAGUACGGCAGUGGACUAUCACAACCCGUGCAGAGAAUGAGUGUGGGCUCACUGUCGGAUGGCAGUAUCGAUGGUGUCAUACACUCCGACUCCACGCCCAACUUGCCCUCGUCGACAACGUCAUCUCGCUCGUCCUCGCCCGUUCGGCAAACGUCCUCCGACGUACAAAAAGAGCGUGCGCUGAGCGAAAGCACACCUCGGCAUACCCGCUCACGCCAGGAUAGCCUGUCCUCGUCCGGUGAGGGCUCGCAGAAGAGCACGCGUAGCAGAGGGAUCAGCCCGCUGGUGCGCGUCAGUAAAGUCUUCCAGGACAAGGAGAAAACCAAGGACAAGGAGAGGGAGAAGUCGGGCAGCUGCAAGGAAAAGUCCAAGGACGCCGACAAGAAGAAGCUCAAAGAGAAGAACUGACCGGAGUGUGCCGGCGGCAUGGCAGACACUCUCGACAAACGCUACUGAUCUUCUGUUGUGCAGCUUCGUCGACGGCACCAGCACGGCAUCCGGGUGAGAGUGUCGCACUCAGCCAUGCGCACAAGUUGCCUCUGUAAAGAAACUUAACCUUGAUCAUAUGCUCGCUGUACACACGCAGUUCACCCUUUCUCCCUAUCCCUUUUGCUAUGCUCUUGUCUUGUAUGCAUUGCAUACAGGAGCAAAGACAUCAAAGGUGAAACCCCCUCCGUAUCGUGGCCCUGUUGAGAAAUUAUUUGUUUCUAUUUUCAUCCUACCCCCCCCCUCCUCACCACCAUGCCUUCAGUUGACAAGUAUUCACCUGCCUCGCACCCCUCCCUCCCCCACCCCCAUCUAACUUCCAGGCAUGCAUGAACUCUAUUGCCCGUGGUUUCUGAUCUUCCUGUCUCAC